CACACACAUUCCUCUAAACACGCACAGGAGGAACAGGGUUGGAGAGGUCCAGGCAAAAUCAUGGGGAAGCUUAUAUGGGGGCUGCUACUGUUCGCCACCGUAUGUUGGCAGAAUUGUUGUGCCACCGACCCAGAAGAUACCCAGUCUCGGGGUCAUGUGCCUGUUAUAGUUGUUGGUGGCACAGGUGACCUGGCCAAGAAGUACUUGUGGCAAGGCUUCUUCCAGCUCUAUGCCAAUCAGGUUGGCAAAGGCCACACGUUCUCAUUCUAUGGUGCGGGGCUUUCUCCAGGUGAGAAGGGCACUCCAUUACUGUUUGAGAUCUUGAAAGAUCUAAGUUGCCCACUGGCGCUCUCUGCAGAACGCUGUGCGCUAGUUAAGGAGCAGUUCUUACGGUUGGCUCAGUACCACCAACUAAAGACCACUGAGCAGUACCAGACCCUCUGUCAACAGAUGGAUAAGCAGCUUAAGCAGGAGGGCAUGGUGGAAGCCGGUCGCCUCUUUUACUUGUCUGUUCCGGCGUUCGCAUAUGCUGACAUUGCGGAAAAGAUAAACACCACCUGUCGACCCCCCGCCGGGGCUUGGCUAAGGGUGGUGCUUGAGAAACCCUUUGGGCACGAUUACGUAAGUGCCCACACCCUUGCUAUAGAACUGUCGAAGUCACUGAAGGAUGAGGAGAUGUACAAGAUUGACCACUACCUGGGGAAACAGGUGGUCUCCCACAUACUGAAAUUUAGGAAGGAGAAUAAGGAACAUCUGGAACCAAUCUGGAGCACGCACCAUAUUGAGAGAAUAGAGAUUGUGCUGAAAGAAACCCUGGAUGCGAAAGGUCGUAUUCAGUUUUAUGACCAGUAUGGCGUAAUCAGGGAUGUGCUCCAGAAUCAUCUGACUGAAGUCAUGACCCUGUUGACAAUGAGCGUGCCAGCCGAUCUUGACAACAGUGAUGAAACCCUUCAGAAUAAGCUGAAGCUCUUCAGCACCCUGCAGCGUCUAAACAGGAACAGUGCCGUGAUUGGUCAGUACCAGGCAUAUACUGCCGAGGUACAAGAAGAACUCAACAAAACAAAAGAUUACUUUAGUCGUACCCCAACCUUUGCCGGGGUGUUAAUCCAUAUCGACACACCACAAUAUGAAGGCAUCCCAAUAAUUCUGAUGUCUGGUAAGAUGCUUGAUGAACGUGUGGGGUAUGCUCGUAUCUUGUUCAAAAACGAUGUGUUCUGCGUUCAGGACCAAAGCAGCGUUCACUGCAAACCCAAGCAGAUAGUUUUUUACUUCGGGCACGGGGACUUAAAGUAUCCUGCAAUUCUGGUCAGCAAGAACUUGUUCACGCCGGCCCUUGUAGAGAGCGGUUGGAAUGAAAUCAAUGAGAACAAAGAUAUCGGUGUUCUUGGGUUGCCGAUCAAAGACUACCAUAUCCAGACACCCGUUGUGCAGACAGAGGCUUAUGCUGAGCUUAUCUCUCAUAUUUUCAAUGGACGCAAGGAUUGCUUCGUCAGCACCGAGAACCUGCUGGCCUCCUGGAGUUUCUGGACGCCGCUCCUUGACAGCCUGGUGAAAGAGUACCCACGGCCUUACCCAGGUGGUGCUGCUAAUGGCAACUUGUUGAACCUCAAGCUACGGGGCCAAGAGCUGGCUUUCAGUAAUGAAGCAUUGGUAAAUGUGAUAAAGCAAGGCCAGGAAGAGAACUUCCAAGUGAUGCAAGGGAAGUUCCGCGGCAACGACAUGAUCUCAGCCUGGGCAGAAGAGCUGGUGAACCGGCUGGCCUCGGACCUCGAGGCAGCGGCCGAAGAUGCAGUACGUAACGGAGGUGUCUUCCACGUGGCGCUGUCAGGUGGCUCAAGCCCUCUGGCGCUCUUUCAACGUUUGGCCCUUCACCAUUACGCCUUCCCAUGGAGGAACACGCACGUGUGGCUGGCUGAUGAGCGCUGCGUGCCGCCCACCGAGGAAGGUUCCAACUUCCGGUCGCUUCACGACCAUCUCCUUCAGCACGUGAGACUGCCGUACUUCAACAUCCAUCCCAUGCCCGUGCAGCUCAACCAGCGGCUCUGUGUCGAGGAAGACGCCGGGCCACUCCUCUACGAACAGGAAAUUAGCCGUCUGGUCAACAACUCCUGCUUUCACUACGUGUUGCUUGGAGUGGGCCACGAUGGACACACGGCUUCUUUGUUCCCGGACACCAAGCUGGACGCUCACGGAGACCGUCUGGUAGCUCUAACAGAGAGUCCUGUGAAACCCCAUCAGAGAAUGAGCCUCACGGUCAAAGCGAUUAACAGUGCGCAACGAGUCAGUGUUCUGGUGAUGGGCAAGGGCAAGCACGAGCUUCUCACCCAGCUUAGCCGCGUGAAGGGCAUCUCACAGAAAUACCCGAUUACGCGGGUACAACCGACUAGCGGCACCCUCACCUGGUACUUGGACUAUGAUGCACUUUUGGGUUGAGGCCAGUGUUGCUAAGAGUUAAAUCAAACUGCACUUAUGGCAUUUGUUGAUCUGAGUUGUUUGCUAUAGUAGGUUUUUUUUUUUUAGAGGUGCAACUGGGUCAAUGGUUGAAUCAGAUGUCUGUUCACCUUUCACCAAUCGCUUAAUUUUUUUUUUUUUUCUCAAUGGCUUUUUAUUCUUUGCACAAUUAUGAGUUUAUUUAAUUAUGUUUGUGGGGGAGGGAGAUUUCUAAACUGUGACAUACGACUACUCCAAUUCACUAAAGUACUGCAAUUGUUGGAUUAGUAUGUAGUAUUUUGUUAUUGCAUAUUUGUUUAAUUGAUACUGCUUCACCGAAUGGACCACUGUGCCCAUUGUAUCUAAUGUGCACUGCCGUACAAUCAGCAUAAAAUCUCAGGAAGGGGAAUACUGCAUUAUUUAGCACACAGGGAACUGUUGGAUUAACUGUAAUUUCUCAGAUUCAGUUUAUUUCUGUGUGGGGUUUUUUUUUUUUUCUCGUUGAUUGACAGGUAAUUCCAGGUAAUUGUCUCAAACAUUUGAAAGAGUAAUAUAUAUAUUUUUUCUUUUUAAUCCAGACAACCUCAUGUUCUUACAAUAGACAUGUUUAUGGCCAUUUGACAUAAGAAUUCAAAAAUUAGUCAUUUGCUAAAAUUUGAAUGUAAUUUAAUGAUUGAGAAGGAUAACAGGGUUAGAUGUUUUAUGGGCUGAGGGCGAGUGUUAGCCUGCAGGAAACUUUGUGUUUGUGUUUUGAGUGACAGGUUUGGUAUUACCCUCAGACCCUCUUCCUGGUUGUUUUUAAACACUUUAUUUUGGUGCAAUUCCAGGAAGUGGCCGAGUUCUAAAUGGAAUUUUCAAACAGAGUGAUGGUUGAGUUAACCAAUUAGACAAUAGAGAGAGAGAUUUUAAGAAUAACAUAGAUAAGAAGCACAUUUUUUAAAGAACAUUCAGAAUCAGCUUUUGUGCCAAUUUGAUGAUUAGAGUUGUGUGAAAAUAUUGCCUUAUGUAAUCAUUUUAAUUGAAAAUUAAUUAAGUGAAAGUGCCUUCAGAGAAGCCCUGCGGCUCCUGGGUGCUAGUAUACCCCUCCAGGUUUUCAAAAUGAUGACCUUUUUGGGAGGGGCCUUAUCUUUGAAAACAGCAGAGUUUAACAUCCCAAAGAAUGUAAAACAGUGAGUGAUUUCACUGCGAAAAAAAUGAAAAGUUAGGUCAACUUAAAAUGAUUAGGCCAAGAGCUCAAAUGUUUACUCAGAAGCAACUGGGAAGAUGCUUUGUAUUUUAAAUUAAUUAGCCUAAUUUUUUUUUUUUUUUUUUGCCACGUUCUUGUAUAUUAUUUAAAUCUGUAUAAUUUCACGAUUCCCAGUUUACAACAUUAACGGGUUUCAGUUAAGUAGGAUCUUUUAUUUGGUGACUGACUCAACACAACUUUUCCACUGUUAUUUUUGUUUUGUUUUUUCUUUUAACUUGUAACAACAUUUUUUUUUUUACACGCGUGCAUGUAUUCACAAUGGAAAAUUCUGUCUUUCUUCGAACCUUUUUUUUUUUUUUUUUUCCCAGCUGAAAUUAAUUCAGGAAGCUCAGAUUCCCAUUUCGUUCCUUCUCAGAUUCCUUUUUUUUUUUUUUUUGGUAAUAGUACUCAGGUUCAAAAGAGUCUGGACACACAGGUUCCCAAGACUUUGUGUAUUGCCACGUCCCGCUUGUGCACUUAACUCAGUUAGUGCUUAAGGUGGAACUUAACCAUUAUCCUCAUCAUUUCAGUUCGUCUGUAGCCUUUUAGAUCUGCACCAGCAGAAAAGAACAUUCCAGAACCAACUGUUCAGUUGAUGUAACAAACAGUGUACCAGGCCAAGUGUUUGAUUCCUAGUCUUAUGUCAGUACACCACUAAAGAGUGCCUUUGGCUGUUGUAGGGAACAGUCUCCACAACUUUUGUGAAGUACGGCUCUGAUGCAAGAACCGAUCUGAUUGUGUUUAAGGUAGUCGAGGAGUUAUUUUGACUUGGAGUGUAUGUGUGUGUGUGUGUGUGUGUGUGUGUGUAUGUUUUAAGGAUUUGUUAAAUACCAGUUCAACACCCAGCUCUUUGCUGCUUGCAUGAAGACAAUGCAGAAACGGGACUGUAAGGGACUGUAUUUCAUAGAAAUGAAGUGCUCUUUAGAAAUAAGGACAUGAAUGUAGGUAUAUGUGAAUUUUAACUAGCUUUGGGGAAAAGUAGGACUUUAACUUUGAAUGGGGUUUUUUUUUUUUGGUUUGUGGUAUUUGAUUCUGGGUAAAUAAUUUACAUUUUUCACAGCAUUCCACUGUAGUUGAAUUGCUGCUGACAUUGUAGAGUGUGACAUUGAUAUUACCGAGUGGGAUCAGAUUUGUGUAAGAUAACUGAAUGGUGUUGUUCCAUACCUCAGGUGUUGGGUGGUGCAGUUUUGCCCUAUGACUGUUUUGUGCAUCACAUCAGGGAAAAGCUAUGACAGAUGGUUUAUGGCAAAGCAAAAAUCAGCUGUGUACAUAAAAAAAUGAGUUCUCUCUGUUGAUUUUCACGCCAUACAGUUGAUUAUUGAGAAUAACAUCGGUAUUAUAAAAAUCAAGUCACACAAUACUCAGAAUUAUUUGGAAGUUCACACUGAAUUCUUACAUAUGAACUUUUGCAAUAUGUUUCUCGAUUUGUAUAACAUUUUUACCAUUUACAUGUUCAGUAAACAUUUUUUAGCUUUCCCAUAGGCUUGCAUUGUGAACAAUCUCACGCUGAUUCCCCCGUUUGCUGUGAUCACAAUUUUGAUUAUGUAGCAAUAAAACAUAUAUUUUUGAAAACAA